AGGCCCGUGUCCGGUACACCGUGGGGCGUCCCCGGCCGGCCGGCAAGAGACGAGCGCAGGCCCCGCCUCUCUCCGCAGGCUGCCUGCCUGCAGACCGGGGCGGGCGGAGUCGCUCGCCGCCUCAUGUCGCGGCGGCCCGCCGGAGCCAUGAGCUCCCACCGCAGCGAGAGCGACUGGCAGGGGCUGGUGAGCGAGUAUCUGGUGUGUAAGAGGAAGCUCGAAAGUAAGAAGGAGGCAUUGCUAAUCCUUUCCAAAGAGCUGGACACCUGUCAACAAGAAAGAGACCAGUACAAGCUUAUGGCCAACCAGCUGCGGGAACGACACCAGUCUCUGAAAAAGAAGUAUCGGGAGCUGAUUGAUGGGGACCCAUCCCUUCCUCCUGAAAAGAGGAAACAGGCAAAUCUGGCUCAGCUACUGAAUGAGGCCCAAGAUCGAAACAAACAUCUUGGAGAAGAGAUCAGAGAGCUUCAGCAAAGACUGGGGGAAGUACAAGGUGACAAUAAGCUCCUUCGAAUGACAAUAGCAAAGCAAAGACUUGGAGAUGAUGAAGUGGGAGCUCGCCACUUUGCAGCGCAUGAACGGGAGGACCUUGUUCAACAACUGGAGAAGGCUCGAGAACAGAUCGAAGCUCUGAGAUACGAUCUUCAGGCUGCACUGGAUGAGUUACAGGAUGUGAAAGAGGAACGGUCUUUUUACCAAGAUAAGUCUGACAGACUAAACCAGGAACUUAAUCAUGUCUUAGGAGGGCACGAAAACCGCAUCAUUGAUGUGGAUGCUCUGUGUAUGGAGAACAGGUAUCUUCAAGAGAGAUUAAAACAACUUCAAGAGGAAGUCAACCUUCUCAAGUGUAAUAUUACUAAAUAUAAGAAUGCACUGGAGAGACGAAAAAAUUCAAAGACUCACGGUAGAUCCAGCAGCAGUGCUCUGACUGGAGUCCUGUCUGCAAAGCAAGUCCAAGAACUGCUGUCGGAGGAUCAUGGAUGUAGCCUACCAGCCACACCACAGUCCAUUUCAGAUCUCAAAUCACUGGCCACUGCAUUGCUGGAAACUAUCCAUGAAAAAAAUAUGGUCAUACAACACCAAAGGCAAACCAACAAAAUUCUAGGUAAUCGUGUGGCAGAACUAGAAAAGAAAUUAAGAACGUUGGAAAUUGCUGGCUUGUGGAGUCUCCCAGGCCUGAGCUACAAUGUCUCAGUGGGAUUUGGGAGUGGAAAGGAUACCAUAACAUUCAGUGACCCAGCCUUGCCUGUUAUACAGAGGUCCAGGUCACCCUUGUCAGCACUUACUGAUAAGCCACAGAAAACUGAAGUACAAGCAGAACAGAAGGGAGAAUGCGAUGAACCUUGUGCUGUUGCAAGCGAGUCCCUGGCUCCAGAGGGAACAAACUUAAAUAACAGAAACCAAAAUAAACAUUUUUAUCCUUCAUUACCCCAACUACCUUCUGAGGAAGAAGAAAUAAACAAGCUUGGAAGUCAGAUAAUUAAACUGACAGCACAGGCAGUUGCAGAAUUGGAAGGGAAAAGAGCAGGAGCUUCUGCAGGGGAGCAGAACUUGGUGGUUGGAGCAGAACUUAAUGGUUCAUCCGAGGGAGAGUUUCCACUUUCCAGCCCUGACCCAUCUGACCCCACAGACCCCUCAAACUCAGAGAACGAACAGACAGCUGAAACUGAGGCCCUGAAAGACAAUGGUGGAACCUCAGAGAGCGACUGCGAAAUCCCAAGUGAGAGAUAUGAUCAGAAUAGCAGCACAGUGGCUCUGGUGCAUGCUGAGGACCUUGGAAGGCAUGGAGGACUCAGUGGUACAACUGCACACACAAAUAACAGCUCUCAGGAGCUGCCUGAACCAGAAGAUGAGAAACCAUCUGAUCCUGCCAAAAACUGUGAAUAUUUGGCUAACAGUUUGGCUUGAGGUAUGAGAUCUUGAGCCUUUUGCUGCAAUGCUUUUGCAGAGUCUGUGAUUGGUGAAACUCUGCUGUAUGGUUGACUUAUAGAGUGAACUGUUAACGUUUGUCUAAUAACAGUGUUUUUAUAUUAGUGUCCAAACAUACAAAUUACCUAAAGGGAAAGAGUUAAUGCUGAGGUUAAAUCAUGUUGGGUUUUUGUAGUGAUUUGAAGUUUCUAUGCAGACGAUUUAUCACACAGAUCAUACGUCAUGUUGUCACUAGGCUUCUGUGACAUCAAAGGUUGUUGUGCUGGACUCUAUUUUAAUGGUUACAAGUGUCUGCCCAAGAUGAAAAAUUUGGGGUGAUAAAUUGAGAAGCAUCUUAAGGCUGCAAGCUUUUGCUUGUUCUUCAGGGUGUGUUCUAUGUCUUUUUACACAGAGUGGCUGUAAGUACAUCCUUACAGGGAAGUCACUAUUCCCUUACAGGAAGUCUCUGAAAACUAUCUCUGCAUGCCUGUAGUUCUCUCAGGCUGAAUAAGAGGUGGUAGAUUUCAGCCUGCUCCAUCUGUGCCCUCCUUUCUGAAGGAAUCUGCCUAUUUUAUUUUCUUAUUCUUUGGAAUUAAGGAUAAAUCUCCUUUUCCUCCUCAUCACACCAGCCUGUGGUGUGGUAGAAGGCUUAUUUGCAUCCUUGCUGCUUUCUUAAAUGUCUUCCCUUGUCGAUGUAGUCAUAGGAAAACAUUUCUUUAGUAAGUGGAGAAAGGGGAGGCUGCUGUGUCAUUGCCUAGCUCACUCCUGAUGCUGGAGCUGUGCCACUCUGCUCCUAGGAAGGCAGCAACAAGGGAAUAGUUAACGUUGAAGUCAGCAGCUGUUGGAGAAGGGGAGGCACGUCCUUCCUCUCCUGUUUGUAGCAUAAGGAAUGGUCUCUGCAGCUGGGGAGCUUCUAUGGGCCAGCAGCCGUCAAGGCAAUUUUUCUGCUGGCUUGGGACCUAAUUGUCUGUAACUGUUCAUUUCUCACUCCUAGAACUUGAAACCAAUCAGAGAGAAUUAAUCCAAAUUUAAUAAAAUACUACUAAUAAAAAGGAAAAUCCCUCCCAGAUUGAGUCCUCCUUUGACAAAUAACUGCCAGCUGCAAAUUUUUACAGCCCACUUGUCAGCUACUGAAUAAACAGAGUUUCUAUUAGCAGUAGUGACAAACUCUUCUGUAUAUGGAAGAUGAGCUAGCAGGUGCUGCCAUAAUCAAGGUGUCAGAGUCCAUGAACAGUUUGUAUUCAGCAGAAGAAAGGCUGUAUGUAAAUUAUUACAUAUAAAUAUAAGGAAUGAUGGCGGGAAGGUGAAAAAUGUGGCUUAUCUGUGCUCUCAUGUGUUUUCCCUAGCAGGUGUGUUCAUGUAACCCUUUCAGUGUCUGUCUGCAGGCAGUGCAGCCAUAGUCAGUGCUCCUCAGAUAGGUUUCCUUUCUCUUUAAAGGUAAUUUGACAUUGCAGCAUUUUGCUGACACUAAGCAGCAGCCCUUAGGAACAAAACCCAUCUGUUUAUUUAAGCCUAUUAGGGACAUGUAGCUGUGAAAAGUUUUCUUUUCAUUAUCCUGAUCACCAUUUAAAUUCCUCAUCACCUGAAAAACCAAGAAGGGUUGAAAUAUAUGAAAAAUUGUUUUGCUGUUCCCAUUAAUUGUGACUGACUGCAUUAUUGACUCAUUUAUAUGACAAUACUGACAAGUUGGAAGAGAAAUAGCUGCAGAGACUGAAAUCUCUGGGAGAAUGUGGCAGGAUUUUUUCCUUUAAUGCUUGAAUUUCACACGAAGUAGCAUUUUAUUCAAGAUGUAUUAUUUUCCAUCUUUCACAGACUAAUCCAGCACAGAGCUAAAUAUCAAUGCAGUCAGAACUGAGGCAAGCAAAUAAGAAGGUCAAGAUUUCAGCUAGCUGAGCUCAGGAAUGUUGAGGAUGUUCCAUUGUUUCCCUGCUGCCACUUUGCUGACCCACAGCUGUGUGAGUUACCAUUUUGCUUAAUAGACAGUUAAUGCUAUUCAUUAAUGAAGAGCUUGGUGUGAGAAUUCAAGCAGGUAGAAGCAGUGCUGGACCAACAGUUUUUUAGUGUCUGAUUUAAUGAUUCCUUUUGGUGUGUUCUUCUGUGAUGUACAACCCAGCAAUCAGGACAUCUUGGUAAUUAUCCUCACACCAUCACAGGAUCACAGGGUGUUAGGGGUUGGAAGGAACUUCUGGAGAUCUUUGAGUCAAUCCCCUGUGCCAGAGCAGGGCCAUAAUCUAGUGCAGCUCACACAGGAACACAUCCAGACAGGUCUCGAAAGUCUCCAGAGGAUACUCCACAACCUCCCCCUGGAGCCUGUUACAGUGCUCUGUGACCCUUACAGGAAAAAAGUUCUUCCUCACGUUGAGGUGGAACUUCCUGUGCUGCAGUUUAUGCCCAUUGCUCCUUGACCUAUCCCAUGGCAUAACUGAGCAGAGCCUGUCCUCCUCCCUCUUGACCCCCAGCCCUCGGAUAUUUGUAGAGAGUGAUCAGAUCCCCUCUCAGCCUUCUCCUCGCCAGACUAUUUCUUUCUCUUAGAUGUCAUUUUUAUAUUUUUGCAAUCAUUAAGUUCCAGUGAGAUACCUCUGUCUCUGGAAACCUCAUUUUCAGUGCUAUAUCACUGCUGCAAUACUGUCCCUCUCCUUUCAGCCCCAGUGAAGGGAUCUUCUAGCUACAUUUUUAGCUUUCUUCCAGGAACACAAGACUUCAGAGGCAGGAUACCUGUAAAGAGAGACAUCUCUGCUGCACUCUGUGAUGGCUAAUUGAAUAUUCUUGUCAGCGUCUUCCUUGGAUAUUGCUGUCCUUUAGAUUGUUGUGCUGUUAGAAAAAUGAUUCCACCCGCAGUGAAUUAAUGAGUGGUGUUUUUUGUUUUUGGGGGUUUUUUUUGGUGGAAUCAAUGCAAUAUUAGUUGCAUUUUCCAGGGAAUGUGAGGGUUGGGUUGGUUUGUUUGUGUUCCCUUUUUCUUAGGACUAUUGAAAUGCAGAAAUGGCACCAGACAUAUUCUAAUCCUUUUUAAGACUGGGCUCGGAGGGAACAAACUGAGAAGGCAAUGUUGUGGCAGUGGUAUGGAGAAAAACUGAUUUUGGGGAGGUUGGCUCUCACCUCCAAGUGAAUGGAUGCAGGAUCUGUGGAAAGGACUUGAUUUGGAAGUAGGAUGUGGUUAUUUGCAAAGCAAUGGUCACUGAGUUUGUGAAAUGAGUGUGUGAAACUGACAGAUGAAGAAGUGUCCUUUCGAAUGCUGCUGCUUUUCUAAGUGAGACUAUUUUUAAGCAUAUGGGAAUUUGUAUAAUAAAGCCAGUGGAAUUUCUUUAAUCCUUAGGAGCUCAGGAAUGUAUUUCAAAAAUCUUAACUGAGAUUAAGUUGAAAGUCUGCUACAUAUCUGAAAGAUAGGAUUUUGUUUACCAGUUUCUGUUUUGCAGUUUGACUUUCUAAAUUAUGCAGAUUAAUUUAUUUGCAGACCUCUCCUUUGUCGCUGCCCGGAUUAACUGUAGCACAUGGUUCAACUAUAUUAGUACAUUUUGUCAUCUUUAAUAAAAAACAUUUCCUGCUA